AUGGAGGGGACGGAAGCCGGGCCGCCGGCCACCUUCGGCGCCUGGGACUACGGGGUGUUCGCGGCCAUGCUGCUGGUGUCCACGGGCAUCGGGCUGUGGGUCGGCCUGGCCCGCGGCGGCCAGCGCAGCGCCGACGACUUCUUCACCGGGGGUCGGCAGCUGGCGGCGGUGCCCGUGGGGCUGUCGCUGGCCGCCAGCUUCAUGUCGGCGGUGCAGGUGCUCGGGGUCCCCGCCGAGGCGGCGCGCUAUGGUCUCAAGUUCCUGUGGAUGUGCGCGGGCCAGCUGCUCAACUCGCUGCUCACCGCGCUGGUCUUCUUGCCGGUUUUCUACCGCCUGGGCCUCACCAGCACAUACCAGUAUCUAGAGCUUCGCUUCAGUCGAGUGGUGCGGCUCUGCGGAACGCUGCAGUACCUGGUGGCCACGAUGCUGUACACAGGCAUCGUGAUCUACGCACCCGCGCUCAUCCUGAACCAAGUGACCGGGUUGGAUAUCUGGGCGUCGCUACUGUCCACGGGAGUAAUCUGCACCUUGUACACGACCGUGGGCGGUAUGAAGGCCGUGGUCUGGACAGAUGUGUUCCAGGUCGUGGUGAUGCUCAGCGGCUUCUGGGUGAUCCUGGCCCGAGGAGCCAUGCUCAUGGGAGGCCCCUGGAAUGUGCUCAGUCUUGCUCAGAACCAUUCUCGGAUCAACCUGAUGGACUUUGACCCAGAUCCUCGGAGCCGCUACACCUUCUGGACUUUUGUAGUUGGUGGUACGCUGGUGUGGCUCUCCAUGUACGGUGUGAACCAAGCCCAGGUACAGCGCUAUGUGGCCUGCCGCUCGGAGAGUAAGGCCAAACUGGCCCUGCUUGUCAACCAGCUGGGCCUCUUUCUGAUCGUGGCCAGCGCGGCUUUCUGUGGCAUCGUCAUGUUCGUCUUCUACAGAGACUGUGACCCCCUCCUCACAGGACGUAUCUCUGCACCAGAUCAGUACAUGCCGCUACUCGUGUUGGACAUUUUCGAGGACCUGCCCGGAGUCCCCGGACUCUUCCUAGCCUGUGCCUACAGUGGCACCCUCAGCACGGCAUCCACUAGUAUUAACGCUAUGGCAGCCGUCACGGUGGAAGACCUCAUCAAGCCACGGAUGCCUGGCCUGGCACCUCGGAAGCUCAUUCUCAUCUCUAAAGGGCUCUCCCUCAUCUAUGGCUCAUCCUGCCUCACAGUGGCUGCUCUGUCCUCGCUGCUGGGAGGUGGUGUCCUCCAGGGCUCCUUCACGGUGAUGGGCGUCAUCAGUGGGCCUCUACUAGGUGCCUUCACGCUGGGAAUGCUGCUGCCAGCCUGCAACACACCCGGCGUCCUGUCUGGUCUGGCUGCAGGCUUAGCUGUAUCCCUGUGGGUGGCCUUGGGGGCUAUACUGUAUCCACCCGGAGAGCAGAUCAUGGGCGUGCUGCCCACCUCGGCCGCCGGCUGCACCAACGCAUCGCUCCUCAUGGGCCCACCUGGAGCUGCCAACACCUCCAGUGGGGUCCCCAGCUCUGGAGUAGAGGCAGACCGCCCCGCGCUCGCUGACACCUUCUAUGCCAUCUCAUAUCUCUACUACGGGGCUCUGGGCACGCUGACCACCAUGCUGUGCGGAGUUCUCAUCAGCUAUCUGACAGGCCCCACCAAGCGCAGUUCCCUGGGCCCCGGACUGCUGUGGUGGGACCUGGCUCGGCAGACCGCGUCCGUGGCCCCAAAGGAGGACGCUGCCACUCUGGAGGACAGCCUGGUGAAGGGUCCGGAAGACAUCCCUGCUGUGACCAAAAAGCCCUCUGGCUUCCUGCCAGGCGACGAGGCCCACCUGCUGUCCCUGGGGCGCGAGACCAACCUCUGA